CUUCCUAGUAGAAUUUCUUUUCUGUUUCUAAUUUAUCCUUUUUACAGUCAUGUCAGAUAAUAUAGACAUGUCUACAGCAAUCAGAGUACUUGAAAAUGGAGCCUGUUUCUUUCAUAUGAAGCCCUUGUCCAUGGAUGCUCUUUGGGGCAUAUGGCAACAUGUUCUCAUCAAGAGGGUUUCUCAGCGUAGGGAAACUGAAGAAGCCGGAAGCAUGGAAGAUGUGGGAUUUUUUAAGGCUUUGGAAGGCAUUGACUGUCAAUCCCUGGUAAAUGGAAGAAGAACCAAAUUCAAAAGAAUGAGGGAAGAGCAUGAAGAAAGCAAAGGCAACCAGAAAACUAACAAUGAAGACUUGAAAGAGAAGAAGAAAUCCAAAGGAAUGGCUCUUGCUGCUGAAGAGGAACAAUGUGAGAGCAAAAACACCGUCAGCAGUAGGGCCAAGAAGCCAAAGUUGUGCUGGGAAGAUAAUGGUCUUCAUGACCUGUUCAUGGACGUUAUUCGGAAAAUAGGCUUAGAAAAUGCUACCCCAGCAAAGUUACUUAAACUAAUGAAUGUACCUGGAAUAACAGUGCAACAGGUCACCAGUCACUUGCAGAGGUUGCGCACCUACGUACGAAGUCGUAAUCAACUUGCUGCCACAAUGAAGAAACGUGGACGAAAGGACAGAUCGAUCUUUAAUGUGCCCAUUGGACCAGCACCCAAGACCAGCCAUCCAUUCAGUCAAUCUGACAUUGCUCCGAGAAUCGAUCUCAGUCAGCAAUUAUCAAGAAACAGAAGACAGGAAGCAAUGUUACAUGCGAGAUUACCAGCAACAACCCAUGAAAACCAAAUGCUACCAUUUCAUGCACAGAGAAGAAAUGGCAACCUUUCAGGUAUUUUUGAUAUGAUGCUAGCUCAGGAUUGGAGAAUGGGUGCUUCAUCCAGUUGUAUUGAGCCUGCAGGACGCAGUGAUGCAACGCAGAUGAUCCAUCCACACCUGCAGGUGGAACCGAGAGAGUUGGAAAGCAGAGCAGUUGAUGACCAGAGAAUGUUGAGUUUGAGUGCUCAGACUCAGAACAUUAGCUACCUUGGGCAUGUUGGAUCAUUGGACAGUUCAUUCCAGCAACCAAGCAUGGAGAACAUUCUCAGCUCUCCUGGAGUUCAGAUGAUGAAUAAUGUGGAACCCCCUCGUCCCAGCAAUUCCUUGAAUCGGGACCAACCCACAAGAGCCCCAGUUAAUGGAAUUCAGAACAUAUGUCCUUGUCCCAACAGUUCCUUGAAUCAGGACCAACCCACAAGGACCCAAGCCGACGGAAUUCAGAACGUAUGUGAUGUGGGUGGUGCUGGCCACUGUCAAAAUGCAGAGCUUAUGGAGGAGAGUGGUGAUACUCUGGAUGAUCUUGCUGGUAGUUUCUGUCUUGAUUUUAAUGACUUGAUGGAGAGUCCUCCAUUUGAAAACAGUACUUCAGUACCUUCGAAACAACUUGAUGGGGUUGAUUUUGAUAAAGUGUUUUCCGACCAGGUCAGUAUCUUUAUUUCUUUGAUUCAAGGUUAGUACCAUAGACUUCGUAGUUUCAAGCAAGGUCUAAACAGUUACAGAUUUUAGUGUCAUCGUAAAGUUCAUAACUAACUUGUAGUUUUUCCUUUUAGUCUAUGUAGCAGGAACAAAAUUUGCUGAUUUGCAAAGCAGAAGACCGCAUUUAUCUGAACGAGAACAGAAAUUAAGGAAACAUGGUUGGCGUUUAGCAGUGAAAAAAUGACCAGUACUAGAAACUGUUUUGGUUCCUAAAAAUCUGACGUAGAGGGAGGCAGUUGUUGAUUGCUUGGAGAGUUGGAGGUUGAAAGAUGACCUGAAGUUGUAAAGUGGCUUGUAAUCCUUUUGGUAUUCUAAUGUGCACACGGGGCACACUGGAACAAUGAGGGGAGUCUGCCGAUAAGCAGUUUAGAAUUAACCCCCGUGGCCAAGACUCCUUUCUGGGAGGGAUGCCUUCUGGCAAACUCAACUAGGAAUAGAUUGGUAAAUGACUUUUACUUGUAUACUUAUGUAACAUGUAUAUAAUUGUAAUUAUUUUUAGAAUCAGAUCUCAACAUUUUUCUAAGGGAACUGUCAAAAAGUAACUUUUCCUUUGAAAAUGCCAACAAAAGCAUUGUAUGUAUAAUAAGUCCA